AUGCCUAAAGCAAAUUCUGCUAGGAUUGCCGAAGCACAACGUCAACGCCAGCAAAUUUCGAAAAAGGCUCAAAACUAUGGACCAAGUACAGUCUAUCUCCAGGUACUCGGUUCAGGGGCAAGAGGAGCUCCCAACACUUUAUAUCUUUUUACGGAUCAAAAACGAUACCUCUUCAACUGUGGUGAAUCGACACAGAGACUUGCUCAUGAACACAAAGUUAAGCUGACAAGAUUAGAUCAUAUCUUCAUUACCAACAAAUCAUGGAAGAACCUUGGUGGGCUGCCAGGCCUUUCCCUAACUCUUCAGGAUGUUGGUGUGCCAAAUAUCACUUUACAUGGACCAGAGGGCUUAGAUGAACUGUAUAAUGCUACCAGAAGAUUUGUCAUAAUGAAAGAUAUGAAUGUGACAAUGGCCAAGUGCAGCCCUAGUGAAGAUUUCGUCGAUAAUGUUAUGACUGUGAAAUACGUAUUGCUAAGUCCAGAUACAAUUCUUCAACCAGACCUGGAUCAUGUUGCGAAGAAGCCAAAACUAAACACGUCUGAAGAUAAAUCUUUAGAGGAAUUCAUUCAUGAUGACACAGAUUAUUACCGACCCGAAGUAAGGCGCAUGGAGGCCAACAAAAACAACAGUAUAAAGACUAAACCAAAAUUAUCUCCAGAAAGAGAUACAGUAAAGAAAAAGACAGAAAAAGUGUUAAAUGAAUUGCAAGGGAAAUCACACUGUACAGUGGCUUACAUUUGCACUCUGAAGAAAAGACUCGGCACUCUCGACUUGGAAAAGUGUGUAGAAAAGGGUGUGAAGCCAGGUCCCUUGCUAGGCCAAUUGAAAAACGGGCAAGACAUCGUACUACCUGAUGGGACGCUUGUGAAAUCGAAAGAUGUGAAAACCCCGGAUGACCCUGGACCCGUGUUUAUUGUAUUAGAGGUGCCGGAUAUAUCCUAUCUCAAAGAGGAGGAGUUUUCGCCGCACUUUGAUAACGGAGUCAAUCCCAAGGAAAAUAUACCGACACUCAUCGUGCACUACACGCCACCGCACGUCUUCCACCAUCCUACUUAUCGGGCAUUUCUCUCAAUGUUCGGUCCAACCACCCGCCAUCUUGUCCUUAAUGGACAGAACUCAUGCCUGGGCUCAGAAGCUGUACACCGCAGUCAACAUAGACUUCACCUAUUGGACCCCGAUAUAUUUCCGUUAUUGAGGGACGUAAGUGUGCCUGCCAUGUGGAACGCUAACCCUCCAACAACUCAAGACGAUGGCGAAAGAUCGAAAGGAUUGGAGGAGCUCAAGAAUAGGAUCGCAUUAGCGCAGUUUCAAAACAUACUAAACAUGGAAGAGACAAGCAAAGGUGACGGUGAUUGCUUGGAAGGCACUGACGCUGGCAAUCUUGAAAUAAUAACCGGAAAAACACUGACUAUGUUUCAUUUAAGACCUAAAAAGGAAAUAGAUAGGUCAGCAGAACCGAAACUGCACAUACAAGACUACAUACAAGAGACGAUGGAUGUAGACGGCUUUGCAAGCAGCCUGGAUAAACUCCGAGAUCUGGUCAACAAAGUGCGCUUGACGAAAAACACCUCUCAGAACGGGUAUCCAAAGGUCGUUUUCCUCGGUACUGGUUCCUGCAUUCCAAGCAAGACAAGAAACACUAGCGCUAUUGCAUUACAAAUUGACGAAUCACGGUCGAUGUUGCUGGACUGCGGCGAAGGCACUUUCGGGCAGCUGGUGCGAUUCUUUGGUCCAAAACGAGUGAACGCAUUCCUCAGGACGCUCAAAGCGAUAUACGUAUCGCAUUUACAUGCUGACCACCAUAUUGGUCUAAUAGGUUUAUUGCAAGCGCGUCGCCAAGCCUUUGAAGAAGCACCUCAAUCGAAAACACCUUACGAACCUGUGCACCUUCUGGCACCUGGACAAAUUGUAACCUGGCUCUCCCUGUACGAUCAGCAGUUCGAGAGGAUACGAGGCGACUUCACUCUUAUACCGAACCAAAGCCUGCUGGAGGCAAGACUAAAUGGAAUGGAAACAGACAUGACGUCGGCUAUAUUGGCCAGUAUAGGCGUGCAACGUAUCACUACUUGCUUGGUGGCGCACUGUCCCAAUGCUUUCGGAGUAGCCAUUGACGUCGACGGGAAGCACAAGAUCACUUACUCGGGAGACACAAUACCGUGCGAAGAGCUGGUAAAAAUUGGCCAAAACUCGACGCUCCUCAUUCACGAAGCGACGAUGGAAGACGAGCUAGAGGAUGAAGCACGUACGAAGAUGCACUCGACCACGUCGCAAGCUAUCGACAUCGGGCGGCGAAUGAACGCGCGCUACACGGUGCUCACACACUUCAGUCAGCGGUACGCGCGCCUGCCGAGACUCAGCGCGUCCGUACUACAGGACAACACCAGUGUGGGCGUGGCCUUCGAUAACAUGCAGAUAACUAUGCAUGACUUGGAGCUCCUCCCACACAUGUACGAGCCGCUGCAGUUGAUGUUCGCAGAGCAUUGCGUGGAACUGGAGCUGAAGGCAGCACAUAGAGCCCGCAAGCGAGAGCGUCUAGCAAACCCCAGCCCGCCACCUGCCGGUAAACUGAGGAACUACUCAACACUCGCACACGCGAACACCUCCACAAACGUGCCUGACAACGAACAUGCGGAGAGUCACAACACGAAUCAGUUGGACACCAAAAUACACAAUGUGACACUUCAGAGCAACGAUCAUUGUAAAAUUGAUGUAGAUGCAACUAAUGAUAGUAGUUAG